GUUUGUUUUGCAGUUCGCAGGUUUACUUCGCAUGACGAUGUUACCCUUUUGGUGAUGUGAUGGAAAGGAAAUAGUGCCUAUGCUUUGAUGACGAUGAUACUCACCACCCCUUGCAGCAGCUGACUUGAUCAGCAAUAUAAAUUGUUAUGCCCCACUAAACUAAUCAUUACACAGACUCCAUACUCCAAUCAUUUACUCCAAUAUAAGGUCUUUUCGAGUCGACUAUCCUUCAAGUUGUCGUUAUCGUCCUCGUAACGACACCAAAAGCCCCACCUUACAGUAAACAUGAGUCAGUGGCCAUCUCUUCUAGUAGGGUAUGAAGGUGCAGAUCCUCUUCCAACCACCUUCAAUCCCGAUGGAAAAUCUCUUUACAACCCACCUGGUCUCCGCUCGGCUGCCUACGACGAAUUUCCGAAGCAAUUUGAUCCAUCUAAGAAUGGCUUCGACUUCCACAUUUAUCACAUGCCCGCCGUCGCUGCUCAGGCGCAGUAUGCGAAAGAACUGCACGAGCGUGUAAGGAGGGAGUUUCCAGAGUUACGUAUACAUGAGUUCUGGGAUGGACCAGCCGGUCCCCACCCUACCACCACGUUCCAGGUAGAUACAUUCAAUCCCCACCAGACCGGAGCAUUCUUUUCUUGGCUUGUUGUCCAUCGGGGCCCUUGCGACGUCCUCGUCCACCCGAACACUGGCGACGCACUCAGAGAUCACACAGAGUUGACAACGUGGAUUGGAAGGAGUUGGCCGUUGUAUGAGGGAUGUCUUGUAUGACUCUACUUGUUCGAGUUGAAGACAUACUUGGAUUCGGAGCGUCCUCUGAGAUAUAUCACGGCUUGUCUUCCGUCUUAGCUGAUGCAUUCACAAGUGGUCACCGAUUUGUCUAUUCG